AUGGUCUGCUGGCCUGUCACUGCAAUAUGUGAUAUUCAUCCUACAACUGUGAACGAAAUCCUGCUACUUGCAGCUCUCCAUGAAGCUGAGGCAGCCAAUGUCACACUGAAAAAAUGUGAUAUUGCACUCCAGGCAUCCAAUAUCUUGAAUGAGAUGUACUGUGCCAAAAUUUGCAGUCAGCUUGCACACCAGGAGUUGAAAAAGCAGGCAGGAAACAAUGGUGGAAAGAUUCUUGGGGAUGGCUUACCACACUUGUUGUCAGGUGAUGAGUUCUAUGAAAGAGUCAUUCAGUUUGAGGAGGCUCAAACCAGAGCUGCAGCCAAGAAGAGGACAAGGACCAAAGAGCAGAAGAGACAUGCUGAAGCAUUGGCAGAUUGGAAGAAGCUUGAGGAUGCAAAGAAGGCAGAGAAUAAGGCUAAUUCACCAUCACCACUCAGCCACCGCAUCACUCUGUUCUCAGACCUAUUAGUAGCAUUAUGGACUCACACGUUUUCCUCAGCAUUUGUUUCCCAUCUGCUGAGACUCGUUGCUCUAGUCAUCAGGCGAGAGCGCUAUCAUGAAGCAUUACAGAUAUGGGAGUCAGAGAAGGCUCAUGCAAAAGAAGAGAAGUGGAAACUCACAGAGAAGAAGCCCACUUUGGGCAAGCUCAUUGCAGCCAUACCAUGGCCAAAGGCAAUCAAAACUGAGGAGGCUCAGGAGGGUGAAAGUGACGGCAAGUAUUUUGAUCUUGAUGAUGUGGGAUCAUGCACCAGCAACAAAUAUUAA